UUAAGGAGGGGUGGAGGCUUUGUAAAUCUGAGAGGCUGGAGGCGCAUUUGAAUUCAGGCUGUGUGUCUCCUGCGCUAGCCGAAUGUUACCUGCUCUAGCAUGGCAACAGAGAGAGAGGGAGAGCGGUGAGCUUCAGCUGCAGCCUCCACACACACACAUACACACACACACACACACAAACACACACAAACACACACAUACACACACACAAACAUGCACAGUGACAACAGGAGGUACAAAGAGUGACUCAGGUAAGCAGGAACGCCCCUGAUGAGAGAGGACCCUUGAGAGAGGGAAGCAGCGUGGUGGAGUGAGAGGGAGAGAUUCUGGAGGAGGAGCUAUAGAGCCUGGGAUUUUUGAGAAGGAAGACAAGAGGAAUCACAGAGAACCCAAAAAUCUCUGAAUGUGGACUCCCGGGGUGGGCUUUGGAGGGAGGGACAGACAGGGAUACAGGCAAGACGGAUGUGGAGAGAUGCAAGAGCUCUGAUUGGAUAAAUCUGACUACAGAGCACUGAGAGACACACACAGGGAAGAAAAUGACAUUUAGUUUUUGUAGCAAGACUAUUCGGGGGGCUUAAGCUGGGGGAGGCUGAAAGGGAGUUUUUUUUUCUGACAGGGUAAGCCAGGACAGAGAGAAGGGUGAGGUGUGGUAGUGGGAGGGUAAAUAAACACAUGAUGGCAUGAUGAUGAACCACCUGUCCUUCUGGGAUGAGGUGAGCACACACGCACCUUAAGACAAGAAAUCCGAACCUCACACUCCCUGGCACAUCAGGCUGAGACUCGGGACAGUCGUUGGAUUUAGUAUAGACUGGAAUUGGACUCCCCACAGAGCACGGGACUUUGAAGAUGCUGUGAGACGUUUGGCGUCAGGGUCACCUGGACUCAUCGGAGGACAGAACUUAGGGGAGGGGAGCAGACCAGCCACCCAAGCCCCAGGUGAUCCUCCCCUGCGACAACCUGUGGACGUAGGAGGUUGGAUUCUUUUUCUUUCACAGGAUCCCCAAACUCCCCUGAAGAGCUGGAGAUCAGGUGGAUCACCUGUGCCAUGAGGAUCCUGUGUGUGAGCCUGUCCUGAAACGACCCACCCCGGAGGCUCUGUCGGCCUGUCCCCUCCUCUCCCCCCAACUGGAUGUCUUGAUGUAUUGCUGUGGGCUGGGACACUGGCGGAGAGUGCAGUCCACCUAUGGAGAGCGUCAGGAUUCAGAUGUCGUUGAGGAAAGAAACGCCCAGGUGCAGCUGGAGAAGGCCAAGUACAAGCCUGUGGCAUUUGCUGUGCGUUGCAACUUCUCUUACACUCCAGCAGACGACGACAAUGUCCCCGUACCGGGCCAGGCUGUUACCUUUGAGGCCAGAGACUUCCUACAUGUCAAAGAGAAAUUCAAUAAUGAAUGGUGGAUCGGGCGGCCGGUGAAGGAGGAUGGUGUGGUGGGCUUCAUCCCCAGUCCAGUCAAUCUGGAAACCAUUCUCAUCAGAAGAGAAGUCCAGGCGAGGAAAGCUGCCAAGGCCUUAGCCAACAAAGCUGCCUCUCAAGCAGCUCAAGAUAUGAACUCAAAGAAAUACACUCCUCCAUCACAAGCCAAUCAGAAUGUGAAAAAGAAACCGGGGGAGCAGGUGGCUAUGUAUGAUGUAGUGCCUACAAUGCGUCCUGUGGUUCUAAUGGGACCAUCACUGAAGGGCUUAGAGGUGACAGAUAUGAUGCAAAAAGCACUAUUUGACUUUUUAAAACAUCGAUUUGAAGGCAGAAUUACUAUUACACGGGUCACAGCAGACAUCUCUCUGGCUAAACGGUCCAUCCUCAACAACCCUGGCAAAAAGGCCUUAAUGGACCGGUCCAACACUCGCUCUAAUUUAGCCCAGAUCCAGGGGGAGGUGGAGCGUAUCUUUGAGCUCGCCCGCAGCCUGCAGCUUGUAGUUCUAGAUGCAGACACAGUCAACCACCCUCUCCAGGUGUCCAAGACCUCCCUGGCUCCAAUCCUGGUCUAUGUCAAGAUCUCCUCACCAAAGGUGUUGACCAGACUGAUCAAGACAAGAGGGAAGUCUCAGACCAAACACCUUAAUGUGCAGCUGGUGGCAGCAGACAAGCUCGCUCAAUGUCCACCGGAAAUGUUUGAUGUCAUCUUAGAUGAAAACCAGCUAACAGAUGCCUGUGAGCACAUCGCUGAUUAUCUGGAGUCCUACUGGAGAGCCACUCAUCCACCAGAAAUGGAGCCUACCAAUGCACUGGUGGCCCAUCUGGCCGAGAAUACACUGCCCACCAAUCCUUCAGGAAUAACGGAUGAGCAGAAGAACAAGAAGACAGCGGCUCCGAAGAGGAAGGGUUCUCAUGAGAACCACCUAAACCAGGACCCCCCUUCAGCCCAGGUUCAGGAACAGAGGGCUGAGGAGGGCCAAAGAGAGGAGGAAGAGCGGCUCCUGAGGACUGAACCAAAGAGACCCCAGCACACCCACCACCAUCACCAUCACCACCACCACCGUCGGAUGGAGCACCACAGCCACGCCCAGCACAGCCAAACACCCGGUGGCAUGGAAGUACAGUCGAGUAGGGAUUACAGCCAGAGGCUUCCCCGCAGGCAUCCGCCCGAGGAGAGGGAGGAGGAGGUGGAGGAUCUGGUGGAGGAGGACGAGGAGGAGGUUCGCUAUAACCACCGAGGCCAUAACCAUCACCACCACAACAGCAACCACCAUCAUCACCACCACCACCGUCAGCAUCAUCGCGGGAACAGCCAGCCACACGUCGAAGAAGACUAUGAGCAGGAGCACAAUGAACGCAAUCGGCAGCACAGGCAUCACCAGCAUAUUCCACCACGGACGCACCACACGGAUCACUAUCCUGUACACAAUCAUCACAACUACCACCACCACCACCAUGGCAGAGACAGAGAGAGAGACAGAGAGAGAGACAGAGACUGUGACAGAGAAAGACACAAGGACAGGGAGAGAGACAGAGAUAGGGAUCGAGGCAGAGAUAGAGACAGAGAUGCAAGACAAUGGCACAGAGAUUCUUAUAUUCACUCAUGACUGUUGUUUCUGCCGUGGGUUGGUGCAUGGUUUUAUGCUGCUCAAGUUAUAAUGCACUAAUGGACAGGGCAGAGUGUGUCAUCUUCUCCUCACAUUGUUUGCCAUUUUUACCCUCUGCCACAUACACACACUUUGUUCUUUCUUAUUCUUUACUAAAAGGAGUUUUAGCACUUGUAGGAUAACUUUUUGUCUGAAUUAUUUUCAUCUAAUUCAUAUGGCUCUGUGUGUAUUUUUGCACAAACAUUGUUCAAUUUUAACUGCAUCAGUUCGCUCAUGCUGUAUUCUUUUCUAAAGUUGGGCUGCAUUAAACUAUUAUUUUCAUUAUCAAUUAAUCUGUCAAUUGUUUUCUUGAUUAAUCGUUUUGUCAAUAAAAUGUCAGAAAACUGUAAAAAAUUGAAAUUUCCCACAGCCCAAAGUGACAUCAAAUAUCUUGUUUUAGAGAGUCCAAAACCCAAUGAUAAUCACUUUACUAUCAUAUAUGACAAAGACAAACAUCAUAUCCGCACAGUGGAGAAGCUGGAACCAGAAAAUGUUUGGUAUUUUUGCUUUAAAAAUAACUAAAAGGAUUAUUCAAUUAUUAGAAUAGUUGAUGAUUAGUUUUCUCUUUGACAAUCUCUUCUAAAGUUUGUAAUUUUGUAUUGUUCAUUCAAAUGUAUGGAUGCUGAAAAUAGCCAUCAUUGCAAAACUUUUAUUUGACCUAUUAUCUGAGAUCACAAGUUUCUUGUUAUCGCCUAAUAAAAAUGAGAAACACAAAAGGUCCAUGUUUGAGAUUUAUCCAAAAAAUGGCUGGUUUUCCCAAAAUAAAAAUAAUAUAACAAUAAAAAUAAUUAUUAUCCUGUAUAGAGUUGAAACUGUGGAUUUGUUAAAAAAAUAAUCAGCUGUCGUUUCAUUUCAUUGAUAUUUAUGAAAACAAAAAUGCCAAACGUUAUCUGGUUUCAGCUUUUCAACUGUGAAGAUUUACUGCAUUUUCUGUUUUAUAUCAUUAUAAAUUGUGUGUCUUUGUUUUUGACUGUUGGUCGCAUAAAACAAGCAAUCUGAAGACAUCACCUUGGCCUCUGAGAAACUGUGAUGUGUAAUUUUUGUAAUUAUUGACAUUUUAUACACUAAAUGAUUAAUUGAGUAAUCAAGAAAGUAAUUGGCAGAUAUCAGUGUGAAAAUAAUCAACAAUUGCAGCCCAAAACAGGUUAUCAGGUAAUUAACUCAUAUUCUUGAGAUAACAGGAUAAAAGAAAAUAAUUCAGUCAACAUCUGUUCUUGGCUUGGUGUUUUAUGAAUUCUGUCUCUGCAAAGUUACACAAAGGGAUCUUUUGUCUAAUCAAAUGGUCAAAUAACUGUGGGGAACAACUGACUCGUGUGUUUCAGUGUCACAUCUUACUCUGCCCCCAUGUAUUUAAAAUCAGAUACAUAUCUUCAGAAGCCAACGGUUUAUUUUAAACAUUGGUACUGAAAGUCAAACUAUUUUUCUACUUGAUUAAAGGGAAGUCAUACUUUGCUUCCCACUUUUUAAAAAUGGUGUUCAAGCAUAUUUAUUGACUUGCGUUUGCUCUGUCUGGAAGCAUGAAUAAUCUUUUGGUGACAUUGACCUGUGCUAUAUGCUGGAUACUCUAUGCAUCUUCUUGUGAUAAAAAUUAUAUUGCUUGAAUACAAUCUCUAUGCAUUUGUACAUACUUCAUAAUUGCCUUGUUAGUAAAUGUAAGGAGAGCCAGAGAGCCUGUUGAACUGUCUGGUAGAACUUGACCUAUUGUGUAUGAUUGCGAGUUCCUUUCAGUAUUAUUUGUUUUGGUUAUUUUUGUUUUGUACAGCAUUCAGAAGUUAAUUUUAACAAGUAUGCAUUCUAUUGUUGAAAAUCAUUAAAAUGUAAAACAAAGAA